CGAUUGCUCAUUUUGCGGAGGGCAGCUCCAUUCAUAGGGCGGCUAGGCAGGCAUAGCUGGGGAGCGUCAAGCACCAUCAACGACGUAGUGUGCGAGCUAAAUUAUGGUUUCUCGCUCAAACUACCAGGCCUGACUGGAGCCCUCUGUCGCCGUUCGCCGUUCCGACGCUGGACUCGCUGAAUCUGUCCUCUCAGGAAUGGCGUCUGAAUGUCUUGAUUGAACACUGUUCCUUUCCUGUGCUCGAGGUGCCGCGGAAACACACCGACUUCCUCGUCGCCCGCUUCCUCGCCGCUGCCGCAGACUGACCAGCCUCCUCCUCGGCUCAUUUAACCCAGACCGUCCGCGGACCAGUGGCGCUGGCAUCUGGACACAUCGGAACCGACCCACCGUCGUUCUACAUACGGAAACGUGCCUGUGUGCUGUGGCUGCCUGUAUAAUGCCGACAAAUUUGCGGUUCCGAAGAAGGUCAUUCCUGGGGCUUUUAUUCCUUUUUUCGCUGUCCACCUCCGUUUUGUACUUCAUCUACUCAGCCCCCGGAAUCGUUAAUGAGUAUGUGUUCAUGGUCCAAGCCAGAGGCAUUCAGAUCCGGGAGAACAUGAAGAACAUUGGGGCUCAGGUUCUGGAGCAGGUGGUGAGAGGAGCCUACAGCAUCAAUGGCACAGAUUAUUCCUAUGACUUCAACGUGAGCGAGAGCGAUGCUCCUCCCCCCACAUAUCUCCCUGAAGGCUUCACUUACCUCCCCUCACAGGUUUGCCCUGAGAAGCUGCCCUCCAUGAAGGGCAGGCUGGAGGUGAAUAUGAGUGAGGUAUCUUUGGAGGAGGUCGAGAGAUUUCUGCUGGAGGGAGAACCCAGCAUCGCGCUAGGAGGCCACUGGAAGCCUGAAGACUGUUUACCUCGCUGGAAGGUGGCUAUACUAAUCCCAUUCAGGAACCGACUUGAGCACUUACCCAUCCUCCUGAGGCAUCUGGUGCCAGUCCUGCAGAAACAGAGACUCCAGUUUGCCUUUUAUGUUAUAGAGCAGGGGGGCACAGAGCCAUUCAACCGUGCCAUGCUCUUUAACGUGGGUUACAAGGAGGCUAUGAAGGACCUGAACUGGGACUGCCUCAUUUUCCAUGACGUUGACCACCUAAUGGAGAACGACAGAAACUACUACGGGUGCACAGACAUGCCCCGACACUUUGCUGUCAGGCUUGACAAGUACUCUUACAUGCUUCCAUAUAAUGAGUUCUUUGGCGGUGUCAGUGGCCUGACUGUCAAGCAGUUCAAAAAGAUUAAUGGAUUUCCUAAUGCGUUCUGGGGCUGGGGAGGAGAGGACGAUGACCUCUGGAACAGGGUGCAGUAUGCCAACUACACGGUGAGCAGGCCACACGGAGAGCAUGGGCGCUACAUGUCGAUUCCUCAUCACCACCGCGGGGAAGCCCAGUUCCUGGGAAGGUAUAGCUUACUACGCCACUCUAGGGAGCGACAGAGAGUGGAUGGUCUAAACAACCUGAACUACUCCCCCCAACUGUCCAGGAGGCCUCUCUACACCAACAUCACAGUCAGUUUGAGCAGAAAGCUUGCACCCAUAGCUGACUACUGACAUAGGCACAGCUGGACUGCGGACCACCUGGGAAUCAAAGUCCUCUGGGACAUCAGCCAUAUCUCACCAGUUGCAGCACUGCUUAGGACUUUUUUUUGGGCUUUGUUGUUUUUUUUUUUGUUUUUUUUUUGUUUUUUUUUUUUUUUUUUAAGAAAAAAAAUGGAGACUUGUAUCAAUCAUAAGAAAAUAGGGAUAAAUGCUGCACUUGUUUGUGCCACAGUCCAUCACUUCUCUCAUCUGGGCUUAUCGAGUCUUAUCAAGCACUGUCUCCACAUGCCUUUUGCACCAUUUUGGCCUUCAGCAUCCAUUCAUUCAUUAAUUUUUCUCAUUCAGUCUACGAUUAGCUUGCCCUAGACUCUCAUGCUUGUUUAUUAAAAAAACGCCAUGAUACACGCUCGCGUAUUCAAGUGAAUGCCCAUGCACCACGCGCACGGACACAGCGCUUCUGCUCGAGUUUGACGUGUGCGAAUAUCGUCCCUGAGGCUUUGAUUAUGAUUUUCUUUUUUAUAUAAACUUUGCGCUUGCACUUCUUCUUUUCACAAAUGCAGUAAACCUGUGAAAACGAUUGCAUGUGCACACACACAAACACACACACAGACAGCACCACACAGCAACUUUAACGGAGUGGACUCUUGCAGCUGGUUCUGCAGAAGGAAUGCCAAAUCUAUAAGUGGAGUGAGCAGGCGAAAAUGAGUGAGUGUUCUCGGUCAUGUAUACGGUUUGUGGAAUAGUUUCUCCUACAUUUAGAGAAUAUGAAUACCUUACUCAUCUCUUACCAACUUUACUUUAUCCUGUGAACAUACCAUUUAAAGACUGUGAUGUUUGUGUUUGCAUAACUGCUUUGGAUGGUCCUGGCUGCCUGCAAAUGGCAAUUAGCAAUAAGUUGUAAUCUGAGACAGCAGGACCGAGAUCUGGCUUCCUCACUAGACACAUGCAACAGCGCGGGUGCUAGCAUACUGUCAUUCGACUAAAGAGAAAGAGUGACUGCGUAUGCAAACUUCACACUCUACACACCUUUGCCUAAGCAAACACACCGCCCUUUUCAGAACCUCUGUGUGUCUAUGUAUAUAUGUGAGGGAGAGCUAUGCAAAUAGCCUGUAUGUAACCUGUUGUUCAUGCAAGGUCUUCAGGAGGAGGGGCUUCACCUCUGAAACUGUGACAGACUUGCUUCAGGCCUUGCUGGGCGUCUGCUGUGUAGGUCCAGGACAGGCAGAGAUGAGACGUUUUAUAUUCAGAGCCCACAUCCUUGAUGUUUACUCACCACCUUGUUUUUCUUUUUGUUUUGUUUUGUUGUGUUUCCUUUUUACAGAAGAGAAUUGGAGGUAGAGAAUACUUGAUUGCUGUCACUGUCACUGGUGUUUACAGAAGCUUUUGCUUUGUUAUUUUUCAGAUUGUCUAGUGUUUGUAAUACUGUUAGGCAGCCCUCCUUCACUGUGGGCACUGUGGAAUCUCUUCAACAACCUUUCUAUCGCUGCCUUUAUUUUUUUAACUGAUACUUGUGUGUAGUCGUGGCCGUGCGGGUGAAAGCAAGUGCUUAUAAUCGAACGCUCGUCUACAAAUCAGGUGAUUAAUUAGCUUUGUUAGCAUGUGGUCAGGGGAGUUCGCGGUAAUCAGGUUGUCGCUGUUGGCCUCAGUGAAGUUGUUGCUUGAUGACAUGGAGCCUAACUCUGUGCAUACACAGUACUUGUUAAGACAUGCCUCUGAUUUGUGUGUUUGACAGUGUUGAUUCUGAUUAAAAUAUCCCAAUACUGUAAAUGUAGUUCAUUUUACAAGAAAACGUACAGACACUCUCUCUCCUCACCGUUUGUCCUCUAGUCAUGCAGCUACUUCAUUUCACACAAAUCGCCUUGGAAGCAUUUCUGAAGAUGCGUCUUUUGGGAGAAAUAUGAGUGGUUGACAAAUUGUUUUGUUCCCAUGAAGAAAUAAGAAACGAGGCUGGACCUCAGUUUAUUUAUUUGACGUUUUUAUCAAUUGUAUUCUGUAAUUGUUCCAUCUUGUUUUUGAUUUUAUCAUUUUUGCGAUUGUUGAUGUGAUGAUUUAGUAGAUGACAUAUGACAGACUGUGUUAGAUGCACUGAAAGUUGUAGUGAUGUGUAUUUGUGUGGGAUUGUGAGGUUCAGGUCUGUGCAAAAAGGGAGCUGUUCCAUUUCAUUGAGAUGUAGAUUUUCUUCAUCGGACGACAUGAUUUGCCGGUUUUGGUGAAAUGGAACGGGACCCGUAGCCUGGUGUGUAUUAAUCUGCUGAAAAGAUACAUUGGAGGAGGCCAUUUUGUGUGACAACCACAGGAAGAGGAAGACACCUAAUCAGAAAACGCUAGUGGUCACCGUCUUUCACUGAGCACCUCCUUUUAUACUAAUUGAUAAUCAAUGGUGCUGAACUUGCAGAGUUCUCGUUUGAGAGCCUCUCUGUCUAUGUGCUUACUGGAACCAAUCGUAGAACCAUAAACGCGCACAGAACAUCCUUCUAGCUUCACCGCGCUUUCAUUUAAUCUCUAUAAAUGAAAGAGUUGUGCGUGGUAGCGGUUGCGCCUGCAUGCGAGUGAUGUCAUUCACACAUUUUGCAAUCUUGUCACCAUUUCACCCUGUCGAGGACGUCGAAUCUCUCUACGUGUUGCUCUGCUUCAUUGCCACGAGCAGAGGCACGUGUUUACCUCCCAGCCAGUCUCUCAGGAGGUACUCGGUGAAAGUCACAGGACAAUAGCAACAGUUGUGUUCAUUUUCUUUUCCAAGUGGGUUUGAGUGAAAUGGCGAACGUUCCUCCAUCUAGAAUUUGAAGUUUUUGUUUGAGUUGUUUUCCAGCACUGAUGAUGAUGAUGAUUUAUAGUGACCUUGUUGUAAAAAUUGCAGUUUUUCUUUUGGGCUAGUUCUCAAUGCCUUGACACACUGUAUCUUAUACAUAUAUAUGUAUAUAUAUAUAUUUUUUUUAAACUUGUCAUUGCUUUAAAUUAAAAGCUAGUUGAAGAUAAAACAAAGCCAAAUGGUUUUAGUCUGAGUGUUCAGCUGAAAAUUCAGAUCUCGAAGGACCUCCCAACUAAACACCCUCUCACCGAUGUAGAUAUUCUUAGGAGCCAGUAUUAGGCUCUACACUCAACCAACCGUGAAGAAUGAGCAGCUUCAUCAGCCACCUUCAUUCAGGCUUAGACUCUCCGGCUGCGUAGAACCGCUCGGUAUCGGGGGUCAAAUCAGCGGGCGGUUUCCUGCGCGUCCUGAGCCGGGCUCAUUUUAUUUGGCGAUACGAGCAUGCUGACUAGUCUUGUUCCUGCUUGCUCUGUCUACAUGGUCUCGGUCCAAACGAUGACCAAGCCUGCUGCUCUUAAGACACUUGCUCUCACCAUAUUCUCAUCUGCUCUGAUCCAUGAUGUGCCAGUUUGAAUGAAGGGGCCGUUUCAUUCAGGCGUCUGACAAAGCUGGCAGCCUUAAAGCUUCUUAAUUUAUUGCAGUGUUUUUUCACUCAAGUUUUUAUUUCUUUUUAUAAGCGAAAAUAUUUAAAGUGCAUAUCAAGAUAAUGAUCAUUGUAAAUAUUGUUGUGUGUAGUGUUUUAGAAGUUCUAUAAGGUCUUAAAUCACUACAGAUGCUAGCAUAAAGAACAAGGCUUUGGAGGAGUGUGGCUGGGGGGUUUUCCGGUGCCAUUUCAAGUGCUCGUGAAGCUCACACAUGGACAUCAGUGUUUUUACAUCACUGCUUCCCAGCACAGCCUUUUUUUGUUUUAAUUAAAAAUAUCCUUAGCCCAUGAAUCUUACAUAAUUUCAGAGGUGUUCUGCAUCACAGAGGCCUCCCUGCACUUAUUAUGCCGUAGCAGUAGGAGACAUGUCAUGGGAGCUGUACAGUAGGUAUCGCUCGUCAGUUAAAGAUCAGUGUCCUUGUUUCUGCAUGUGAUGCCUCUUUAAUAGUGACAGCAGUUGGAGUAAGAUGUAGGUCAGAGGAAGCACUGCAGGAUAUUGACGUUUCAGCCAAAAACGCCACAUGCUUACAAAGCAAAGGAAACACCCGACAGGCACCCGACCCAGCGACGCCACCCACUCCAAAUUCUACAGAUUAUUUUUUUGUAUGAAAACUGUUUAAAAAAGAAAAAGGUUGCAGAUUACUAAAUUUAAAUUCCAGCUUCUCUGAUUGUAAGGAGGAUUAAAAAAAAAGAAAAGAUCUCCUUGAAUUGAAGCCAUUUGAAGCCACUUGUUAAAACUUGAUGUCAGCCUUAUGUGAAUCUGUGUAUUGGCAUAUUAUCUUUUGAUUAUUGAAAUUUGUAUGAGAUUUUCUUUUAUACCAUCAUUGUUAUUGUCAAAAUACACCAAUAAAAUUGAACUUGUAAAGAUCCAGUA